GUUGGUUUCUCGUGCUGUGUGGUUCGCAUUUUGUCAUACAAGUUCGUUUAUUCCGUGUUUCAAACUGUGAAAACUCAACUGUUUUGAAUUAGCUAUGGAUAUGAACAAGCGAAUUGCCAACAUGGAUUCAAUUAUUUAUAAUAAUGAACGCAUAAUAAUGCAAAAGCAUUAGAAAACCAAAUAGAGUGAAUUAACAUAGUAAGAAUAAACCGACAAGCCAAAAGCUAUAGUAAAAGGCACAGUCAACUCUUUGUUAAAAUAAAUAACUCUUCGCAAUUGUCAAAUCAAAGAAAAGAGAGCGACGAAAAGAGAGCGCGCGAGCGCACUUUGCUUUUGUUUACACGCCCAUUUGUGCGUUCGAAUAGCAAUUGCAACUAUAACUAAAUUACGAAAGCAAAUAUUUACACAGACUUGGCAAACAAAUCAAUUGAGUAAUUAAUUAAACAAAUUUCAACAGCAACGUUAAUACAACUAUUUAAGCGGCUUGCAUCGCGGCAAAUUCCAACAACAGUUAAAGAGUUUGCGCAAAUGUAAAGAGAGCGCAGGCAAUUGCUAUUGCACUGAGAGGGGCGCAAAUACACACAUAAAGAGGGCAAACAGGCUGCUCGAAAAUACGCAACACACACGCAUACACCCGCACAUACACACGAACAUAGAUUCGUCAACAAAUUUCGUUGACUGCUCCAAAGUCUCGUGCUUGCUCUGUGUGGCGCUGUGCCGCUGCCUUCCAGAUAGAAAUUGAGUCUCUCGCGUGACACAACGUGCGUCCAAACGAGCGGAAAGUUUUCCUCAGUGUGCGUGACGACUGUUUGAAGUUUGCUCUGUUUUUCUUUCUUUGCUUUUUGUUGCUCAUUCGCUUGAGCAGCAUCAGCAGCAGUAGCAGCAGCAGCAGUAAUCGCCGCCCCCCCACCGAAGCGGCAGUCGGUCAUUGAAAGCCAAAUUUUGCAUGCGUGAAAAUUUGCAAUGCAAAACUAUUUCGUCUAACCGUCAAAGUCAGAGGCAAAUCAACAUACAAGUUAAAGAAAAAACGUGCGCAAUAAAUAGUGACAUUUAAAAUAAAAACAACAAUUUAAAAAAUAAAAAUAAAGUAAAAACGCGAGUGUACAAUAUCGAUUUUUUUUAAGCAGCAACGCGCGUCGAUGACCUCGACGACAACGACAGCUACAACGGUAUAAAAGCAAAAGCUGCGCGACGCUAACGCUUUUGCCCAAAUCCAAUUGAGCCACGUUUUACAUAAUUGCCCAAGCGCAUAAAGCGACGAACGCAACAAAAACAAAAACAAAAACCAAAACCAAACUAGCAAAAGCACAAAUUAUAACGGCGUCCGCAAACCGAGUGCAAGUGGAAAAACAUUUUGCGGCUGGCAGAAGAAGGCGAAAAAGUAGCACAACACUUCCAGAGAGCGGCCCAAGCAGCUGCAGUCGAAAAUCACAGAGACACAUGCUUAGAUAUCGGCUCGUCUCCACACACUUCCUAAAGCAGCCGUAGUCAGCCCACAGGCAACGCCAGUGGGAGAGGGAGAGCUACAGCGAACGAGUGUGAGAGCGAGUGAGCCAGCGUGCAGCAACAACUGCAGCCACAGAAACAUAACAAGAGCGAGAGAGCGAACUGAGCGACAGAUUGAGCGCGACGUCACUGGAAAGGCCGAUCGCAGGAUACGAAUACGAGGCGACGGCAUACAAAAAGUACGUCAGGUGCGCCGGCUGUGCUCAUUCACGUGCCGAACGUUGCAGUGCGAGGAGCCCUGUGCCCGGAUUAAGUGAACGGCGUUAAACAAAAAAUAAACGGUAUCCACACAAUAUUGAAUUGGGGAUUUUCGGUUAAUUGAUUAGCAUCAACGCUUGAACCGCAACAGUUGCAGCAGCUUGCAGCAGAGGCGGCAUUGAAAUUUGCAUCUAACGGGCCCUAUAAUUCAGUCACAACGUAUUCGCUAGGAGUUCUACGCCUACUCGGUUUGAGCUGUUUUAAUUUAGAUAGCGAAAAUGUGCAGAGAUCGCGAUAUGAGUUUGUCAUAGAUCAGCGCAAUCGUCAGUACAAGGUUAAGAAAAAAAUUAAACUGAUGUUAAACUGAAUGUUAACGGCCUGUCAAAGAGCGAGAGAGAGACAGCGAGAGAGCGCGCCUUGGACCAAUCAACAACAACAACAACAACAACUGCAACAACCAGGACGUCUACUCACGAUCCAAGCUAAAAUACCAAAGUUAACAAUUUAAGCCUAAAACAUCAGCCAUUUAGCUAAUUCAAUCAAUCGAUCAAUCAAUCAAUCAAUCAAUCAAUCGAUCAAUAUUAACACCAAGCACAAGGAUCACCAAUUUGCAUGUGUGUGCGUGUGUGUGCUCGCCGGAGUGAAAAGCGUGAAAUGUGACUAUUUUUUCCACCCUCCCCCCCCGUCAACAACUAUUGACAAUUGCCUCGCACGCAGAACAGAGGCCAAGUGGAAGUUUAUCGAUUCUCGGAGUGCGUUUCAAAAUAAUUCGUAUUAUAACUGUUAUUACUAUUACUUUUAUUGUUCGUGCUUUGUGUUAAGUUUUAAAAAACGUCGUGCAGCUGGCGAACGUACGUGGAAAAAUCAGCAAAAUUGAAGACUUUGCGAGAAAUCUUUGGAAGUCCGUUAAGGCUUGCGUUUGCGGCAUGCGACAUCCCACAACUGGCCUUAACGAAGACGACCUAAGUCGUCUCACUGGUUCAUCCUCAUCAUCUUCGUCGAGCGCUUCGUGCGGCAGCGCCGCCUGCUCAUCCUCAUCGUCCUCCUCUGCCGCCUCCGGCGUGGCCGCCAAGCAGAAGCAGCAGCAGCAGCAGCAACAGCAGCCGGAUAUUUGCGAUGUGGUGCAGCUCUCGAAUAUGGAGGCGACAACGCCACGUUUCAAUUCCACCUACCUACCCGAAAUCAUAAAUCCACUGGAAUGGCAAAAGUCACGGAAGCGCAAGGAGCGCCUGGACAGCUGCUCGGCGAGCAGCCAGGAUCGCAAGCUACAGCGCAGCAACAGCGAGGAGCUGCUCACCGAGCCGGAGCCAACAACAGCAGCAACAACAACAACAACAACAACAAUAGCAACUGGAGCAGCAACAACAGCUCCCAAUUCCCAAUUGAGGUCCGCACACUGCGAGGUCAUACGACGCGUCUCCUCGGAGGAUUUCAAGCGCACGGCCAGCUAUGCCAGCUAUUGCCAGGAGUUUGAGCGCGAUGCAAGCGCCGACUUGCCGGCAGAGAACAGCGAGCAGCAGGAGAACAAUGCGGCGCUGGCCAAUGUGACGCCAGUCAAUGGCAAUGCGGAGGCGCUCAAAGAUCGCGCACGCUACGAGACAAGUCCGGCACGCUCCCAGCAGCAACAGUUGCAGCUGCAGCAGCAGCAACAGCAGCAGCAGCAGCAGCAGCGCGAGGCUAGCGAUGACAGUGAGUGCGAGCAUGAGCGUCGCCGCAGCAGCGAACGCUUCUGCAAGUCGCGUCAGCCACCGGUGCGCAAAUCCGGAGUCAGCAAGAAGCCCAGCACGGCUGGGAAGUAUCUGCCCUCAAGGCGGGACGAGCAGAGCGCCUACAAGUACGAUCUAUCCGCGCUCAAAUACGAGCGACGCGGCUUCAUCAGCAGCAAGAAACAGCAGCAACAGCAACAGCAGCAGCAGCAAUCCACAGCAGCAACAGUUGCCGAUCACAACGACAACAAUCUAAUCGACUUCCAUCAGCAGCAGCAACAGCAGCUCCAGGCAAAGCACAGCGCCAGCAUCUCGCCCACGCCGACGACAAGCAGCUCGUGCAGCUCGGCAGGUGGCAGUGAUGACAGCACACCAAAUCCGGCGCCAAUCAAGGCUAAGCCGCCGCAGCGUCAACAGCAAACGCUCAAUCUAACCUCGGCACAGGAGUCGUUGCCCUGGGAGCGCGGAGAUGAGCCGGCGCCCGUGCUGAGUCGCCGCUAUGCGCAUUCCCGGCAUCAUGCGGGCAACAUCGAUGCGGAUGCCAAGCUGGCCAAGGUGAUGCCGUAUCCGCAACAGCAGCCCAAACAGGCGGCCAGCGUGCAGCUGCUCGGCGAGGACAUGGACUGUCUGGAGCCCAUGGAUGCAGUGCGUGCGUUUAGCUCGCUGGAGAAUAUGCGCACACGCGACGUCAUGCAGCAGGUGGUGCCCGCCAUGAUGGCCUUUCAGACGCCCGAGGAGCGCGUCAAGGCCAUCAAUCGACGCGUGACCGCGCUAAAAAAGAAACUCGUCCAGCUGGAGGAUUCGCUGGAGCAGCGGCUCGGCUAUCGGCCCUCGCAGGCGGAGCGUCUGAACGACAAGUACAUGAAAAACGCGCUCGCCGAGCUCAGCAAGCUGCGCAAGGAGCGUCACGAGCUUAAGACUGAUCCCAUUGCAGCCCUCGGCCUCAAGGUCGGCGCCAGCGGCUGCGGCGUCGGCGUCGGCAGCGGCAUCGCUGCCAGCGGCCAGGAGGCAGCCAAGAAACUGGAGCGCAUGAAGAACACCCUCAGCGAAAUCGAGCAGAAUCUCAGCGAGAAACGCACGCAAAACCAUCGUCCACAGCAGCUGGAUGAGCUCACCUCCGACCAGCUGGUGCAGGAGAAGAGCGCCGUGCAGCAUGGUCUGCUAUACUUCGAGAGCCUCUACGGCCAUCCCAUCACCAAAGAGGAACGGGAUGCGGCACGUCCGCUCUACGAUCGCUACAGGCAGCUGAAGCGUCUGGUUUCGCGCCACAUCAUGUUCGGCGGCUGUGCUGGCGUCCAUGAGCUGCCCACCAUACUGGAGCACGAGGCUAUGGUGUUCGAGGCAACAUCCACACCGCUGCAGUAUUCAUCGAACAAUAGCACCGAGACCACCAAUUCGCCCAGCGACUCCAUGGCGCCAAAUGCCCAAACACAGAAUGCUUCCUCCGAUGAGUCCACGACGACAACUACAACGACGACGGCAACGGCAACGGCAAAUGCGACAGAGACGCAGGCGGAGAACAUUGCGGCGCUCAGUGUGGAUCAGUUGUGGGAGCAGCUGGAGCGCGUGCGCGAGGAGAAGAUGCUGCUGAAGGCGACCAUACGCGAAUAUGAGUCCAUAUUCGAGGAACAGAAUGGACGCAAAAUGUUAAAGCCGGAUCGCAAAUCUCUCGAAACGGAAACCUAUGCCCAGUACAAGGAGAAGAAGGCAAAGGUGCGUCUGCUGCAGGCGCUGAUCAAGAAGCACAUCGGACACUAGACAGUGCCCCAUACACACACACACACACA